AUGUCUGUACAGUUACCUCACCCAUGUAUCAAUGCGAUGCCGGAUAAGAGAACCAUUGAUGAGUUGAUUCCUGACAUGCCGGUAGGACCGAUAGAUAAAUACAGAAAAUCAGCCACGUUUGACUGGAAACAAAUGAAAAUGUUUCUAGAAGGAGAAGAUUGUAUCCGAUAUCAGAAUGAAAUAUGGGACCUCUUAGAAAAGGAUCCGUUGUUUGCACGUUCAGUCGGUACUGUAUCAGUUAAUGAGAUGCGUAUGCUGGUUUUUCAAAGGGUCAAGCGUUUAUCUGAAUAUUACUUUCUAACACAAGAAAAGUUGCUUGAAAAUCCAAUGGUCUAUCUGUGGUUUUUUAGUGCCAUAGGUCUUUACGAUUGGGCAUUACCUACUAAGUUCUUACUCAGCACACAGUUUUUUGGAGGAACAAUAAGAUCAAGUGGGUCCAAACACCAUCUUGACCUAGCUGAUCAAAGUGACAGAAUGGAGCUAAUUGGUAGUUUUUCUCUCACUGAGUUAAGUCAUGGUAGUAAUGUCAAAAAUAUGAGAACCACUGCGACCUUUGACCCAGAAACAAAGGAUUUCAUUUUAAAUACGCCAGACAUUGAGGCCACCAAGAUAUGGAUGGGUAAUGUCGGUAAAACAGCUACUCACUCAAUAGUUUACGCACAGCUGUAUACGGCUGAUGGCAAAUGUCAUGGUUUGCAUAUGUUUGUUGUACAAAUACGUGAUACAAAAACUUUGCUUCCUCUGCCUGGCAUAAUGGUUGGAGAUAUUGGACAUAAAUUGGGUCUGAAUGGUCUUGAUAAUGGAUUUUUAAUGUUUAACAAUGUUCGUAUUCCACGCCAGAGUUUACUGAACAAGACUGGUGAUGUCACAAGUGCAGGGAAAUACACCACACCAUUUUUGGAUCCUGAGAAGAAAUUUGGAGCAUCGCUGGGAACUUUAUCUGGCGGUCGUGUCGGGAUCGUAAGUGUAUGUGCAGGAAAUUUGAAAAUAUGUGUUCCCAUAGCGAUACGUUAUUCUGCUGCAAGAAAACAAUUUGGACCAACAAAUGACAAAGAAAUACCAGUACUAGAAUACCAAUUACAGCAAUGGCGUCUGAUACCAUAUCUGGCGGCUAUGUAUGCAAUAGAAAUUUUCUCCAAACAAUUCAUGAAGUAUUAUUUAGAAUUGAAUAUUGGUACUUUACUUAAAUCUGACGCAGUGUACUUGGCAGAACUUGGUAAAGAAUUGCAUGCUGUGGCAUGUAGCAGUAAACCGCUGACAUCAUGGCUGGCGAGAGACGCUAUACAGGAAUGCAGAGAAGCGUGUGGUGGACAUGGAUAUUUGAGUGUAAGUAGAUUUGGAGAAAUUCGUGGUGACAACGAUGCUAACACCACUUACGAAGGAGAUAAUAACGUUAUCCUGCAGCAGACUAGUAAUUAUCUACUCAUAUGUAGAGAGAACAAACAAAACGGUGUUCAAAUUACAGCACCAAUGAAAACUGUGAAUUUCCUCAAUGAUGCUGAUACAAUUCUUAAGUGGAAAUUCCAAGCCACGACAGCUGUACAGUGUUAUGAUGCAGCUAUUGCGCUUGCUGCAUACAAAUGGCUGGUCUGCUAUCAACUCAAGGAAAGUGCUGAUAAACUAAAUAAAGAAUCCUCCAGCGGUAAAGAUGGAUUUGAAGCUCGUAACGACAGUCAGGCAUACUUCGCAAGAUCCUUAGCUCUUAUGUUUAUCGAGCAUACUGUAUUGCAGUGGUUUUAUGAUUGUGUUAAUGAUCCUGCAGUUCCACCUGGUUUGGCACCGGUGCUCAAAAAAUUAUGUGCUCUAUACGGUUUAUGGAGUCUGGAAAAACACAUGGCUACUUUGUAUCAAGGUGGAUACAUGAGUGGUCGUGACCCAGCUCGUCUGAUAAGAGAAGCCAUUGUCCAAUUAUGCCGUAUUUUAAAGGAUGACGCAGUGGCGUUGGUGGACGUCAUUGCUCCCCGAGAUUUCAUCUUGAACUCGGCAUUAGGAAAAGCCGAUGGAGAGAUUUACAAGAAUAUUUUCAGCUCUAUUAUGAAAACACCUAAGGUAAUGGAACGACCUGAUUGGUGGAGAGAAUUCUGCAACAAACCAGUCCAAGACUCACUUCGUGGAAAACUGUAA